AUGAAUAAUCCAGCUUUGUAUAAGAAGGCCAAUGAGGUGCAACGGCAUGACUCGGAGAUCAUUAUUGCUGAGUAUGCACCGAAAAUGAAAUGGCGCUAUGAUGGCAGUGAUUCGUUAAUUGAUUUGGGUUCUGGUUCUGGAGACGUUCUCAUGGAUUUCAUAUAUCCCCGAAUGCCUAAAAAUUUUCAUAGGCUAGUGUGUUCCGAUAUUAAUCCGAAAAUGGUCAAGUCUGCCAGCGACCAAUAUGGACACAUUAAAGGUACAGAGUUUAGAGUUUUGGAUAUGGCCACUCAAUUGAAUCUUCCCAGCGAUCUUCAAGAACAAUUUGAUCAUGUGGUUUCCUUUUACGCAAUGAUGUGGGUUGAAAAUCAAAGGCAAUGCCUGAAAAAUAUUUCCAAUUUACUGCGCGUAAACGGUGGUGAUUGUCUUUUAGUACAACUAGCAUCUCAUCCAAUACUCGAUGGCUACAAAUUACUAAGCCAAAUGGAUAAAUGGGCAGAGUAUAUGAACGAGCUGGAUACAUUGAUACCAGUGCCUAUCCAGCAUUGGCAACAACCAACUAAAGACUUUGCUCAAUUAAUGGCAGAAGUUGGAUUCCGUGAUUUAAGUGUCAAUGUGCAGAGCAAGGUAUUCGACUAUGGUAGUCUGGAGACAUUUAAAGUCAACAUGAAAGCCGUGAAUCCGUUUCUGGACCGUAUACCCAUAUCGCUGCAUAAGGAUUACUUAGACGAUUUAAUGUCAAUGACUUUGAAAAGUUUAGGCUGGCCUAUAGAUAACGCUGAUUAUAAUAUAAAAUUUCCCGUCCCCUAUCAGUUACUGAUUGCCUUUGGCAGAAAAUGA